GGGCUGUGAGCUGCUGCUGCGGGGGGCGGUGUGGGGGUCGCUGUAGCCCCAGGCCUGCUUUGUUAUCCGGGCUCGCUCUUCCAGCCGACGCCGGAGCUGCGGCGCGCGGAGGACUCCGGGCUUUCCCGCCGCGUCUGGUUCUGCUGCUGCGCCGAGGAUCUGCUUUGGAGACAGACCCGAGAAAGACGGUAUUUACGGUGUUCGGCUCAUUGUGCGCCUCCUCCUCCUCCUCCUCCCCCACCUCACCUCCUCAUCCCUCCGCCAUGGCUCCGGUCCGCCGGCUCUGCUGCCUGCUGGCUCUGCUGCUCGUGCCCGCCGUCCGGAGCUCGUUCCCCCGCAGCGGAGCAGACUGCGGCCCGGGGAAGGCCGCCGACUGUCCAGAUCUGUCGGAGAAGAAGAGCGAUCUGAGGGUUUGUGACGCCGGAACGUGUCGAUUCGGAGGAAGCUGCCGCGAGAACGGAGCCGACAUCAAGUGUGUGUGUCAGUUCCACGUAAACGGCGGCUCAGGAUCUGGAGACGGAGAUGACGAAGGCUCCGGUCGCGGAAAAAAGGCCUCGAAAUGUGGAAACUGCAAGUUUGGAGCCGAGUGUGACGAAGACUCAGAGGACGUUCUCUGCAUGUGUAACAUCGUGUGUAACGGCCACAACGACAACCCGGUGUGCGGCAGCGACGGCGCCACCUACGACACGCCGUGCCACGUCCGCGAGGCGUCCUGCCUCAAGCAGCUCAAGAUCGACAUCAAGCAUGUGGGCCGUUGCCAAGAUAAAAGCAGGAAGGACGACAGCAUUAAAACCAAACCGGACAUCUACGCUGUGUCCAAGCCUGGCGAGGGGGAGGGGUUUGUGGACAGCCCCGCCCCCUGCCCCGAAGACUACGCCCAGUUCUGUGAACACGGCCGCUGUGAGAUGAGACACAACCUGCCCACCUGCAGUUGUGAGGCGGCCUACGGUGGUCCCCAGUGCGACCAGCUGCUGGACUUUAACAUCCUCUACGUGGUUCCCAGCGGUCAGAAGCUGCACUACGUCCUCAUCGCCGCCAUCAUCGGCGCCGUGCAGAUCGCCGUCAUCGUGGCCGUGGUCAUGUGCUUCACCAGGAGGUGCAACAAGACGAAGCGAGGCCGGCGGCAGAAGCAGCAUCUGGGCCACUUCCCGUCCGGGACGUCCUCCAGGAUGAUGUAGCCGUGGCGGCGGCGGCGGCGGCGGCGGCGGCGGCGGCGGCGGCGUGUUUUUAUAACGCCCAGUCCAGUUUUUCGUACCACACAGACAGACUGCAUUUUUAUAUCUCCACUUUUUGGUGCCUCUUUGUUUUCGCCCUUUUUUUAAACAAACAAAAAAAAAAAAGAUGAGUGAAUUUCUGAAGGGGCCUUAUUUUCCAGAUGUUCUUCUGUGUUCUGGGUUCUGUCUCCGGUUUGUGUUCGUCCUCUCAGACUCUGAACGCUGUGGAUCCUCCAGCACAAACUUUAUUUAUCCGACUGGAGGCGCCUCGUCUUUUUGUUGUCACCCUGUGAGACGCAGACGGCCGUGGUGCUCGGGUUCCAGCCGUCCGUGGGAGUCGGAGGAGGUCUGAGUUGUUCCGGCUGAUUCAUUACAGCUCGGAGCAGCUCGGCUUCACUUUGGGAACCUGAGCAUCCAGUUUAUUUCAUCUCAGCUGAACUUUCCCGUUCUUUACGCUCCGUCUGGACAAACUCAGCUCUCAGUGUCGACGGCUUCGGUCUGCACAAAAUAUGGAUGCUUCUCACGAUAUCUGUUGUGUAAAAAACAAAUAACUGUUAAAUCCACGUCCAGCAGGUUUAUUCUCUGGUUCAAACCUGAGUCUGGUUCUGGUAUUUAUCAUCAUGUCACUGAUUCAGAACCUGUCAUAUCGGACAGUCGAUCGAAUGGGGCAAGUUUCAGGACAUUUUAAACGUAUUUAAUGUCAUUUUAGACAAAUUGCCGUAAUUUCUGGACUAUAGAGCCCCUCUGGAUAUCAGCCACACCCACUGCCUUUACACAGAAAACCGGCAACAAACACGUAGAGGCUUUUUUCUGAACACUUCCUGUAACAUGGCUGGUUAAGGAAAUAAAACUCCAGCAGCUA